AUGGGUAAUGCCGUGAACGUAAUGUUGCGCCAGGCAGGCUGGAAGGGUUGGGAUAAGGCAGGCAUCCCUAAGAAAAGCCUCGAAUCGCACCCGUGGGCUUCGAACAAACAUAACAGGAUAAAAGCCCUCGUCAGGGAAUACGCCAGGAGGGAUCGCAUUCUCCAGGUCAACUAUGCUCGGACACUUGAAAUCCGACGUGUUUAUUCUUCUGUCGCAGUUCUAUGCCGGCGAUGCAUGGGUGAGCGAACAAUUUACAAUCUUCACCACCAACUCCAUCUCUUGCAAAUCAUCACCUGGGAGGCUCGGGACUUUAUCGGCCCGACUCUAUCAAAUGUUAGCUCGGAUCUGCAGGAAGCAAGAUUUUGGGGUCGUUUAGGGGUGUUGGUGCCUAAAGAUUGGCUGCCGAAUUAG